AUGAAGACCUCUGUGGUGCAGAACUUGAUUCUACGAAUCGUGACUUCUGUGCUUCUCCUGAUUUCAUUAAUUGUAAUGUUAUCGAGCAAGACAAGAUCUGACGUACUUGCUUCCACAGGUCUAGAAUAUCGUUUCAAUGAUUUCAAGCCCUUCAGAUAUGUUGUAGCUGCCGACGUGAUAGGCUGUGUCUAUUCCAUCAUUGGAAUUGUUCUACUAAUCAGUGGAAUCAGUGGAGGACUUUAUUUUUAUCUCACCUUCAUCUUCGAUCAGGUUGUGGCCUAUAUAACAUUAUCUAGUAGCUCGACUGCCAUAGGAUGCAUAAUGAUAACAAGUGAUGUCCUUAAAGCUGCCCAAGCAUAUGAUGCUGCUGCAAAAAAGUUUGUGAGGUAUGCAUCAGCUUCUGUGAGUUUAGAGUUUCUGGGAUUUGUAGUUAUAGCAUGUUGUGCAGUGAUGUCAGGGUACAACCUGUCGUGUUACUUAUAUUCAUCAAAGACCGAUAGUGGGGCAAGGCAGGGAAUCCAUGUUGAUAGUAGGCAGCAAGGAGAUGUUAGAAACCAGUUUUCAUGA